UCGGCUGAGGUGGUGGUGUCGCCGCCAUCGGCUGAGGUGGUGUCGCCGCCGUUGGCUAAGGUGGUGUCGCCGCCGUCGGCUGAGGUGGUGUCGUCACCGUCGGCUGAGGUGGUGGUGUCGUCACCGUCGGCUGAGGUGGUGGUGUCGCCGCCGUCGGCUGAGGUGGUGUCGUCACCGUCGGCUGAGGUGGUGGUGUCGUCACCGUCGGCUGAGGUGGUGGUGUCGCCGCCGUCGGCUGAGGUGGUGUCGCCGCCGUCGGCUGAGGUGGUGUCGCCGCCGUCGGCUGAGGUGGUGUCGCUGCCACCGACUGCGGUGGUUUCGCCCGUUCUGCUCUUAAUGUCCUUCACAGCGUCAUUAACAUUUUCCAAAGUCCCGGACACUUAUACGUCUGCCUCCUCGUCAUCCUCCGGAGGGACGGUGAUCCUCACAUCGUACUUGGCUUGUAGCUGCCGCAGACGCCGCUAGCGUUUACCUAUUAUGAGGUACCGGUUUUAGUGGGGCACCUUUACAUCGAUGGUUACCGUCUCUAAGUCGGCGUCGGAGUCGGUGUUGUCGCCGCCUUCGACUGCGGUGUUGUCGCCGCCGCCGACUGCGGUGGUGUCGCCGUCGCCGUCUGCGGUGGUGUCUCCGCCGUCGAAUGCGGUGUUGUCGCCGCCGCCGACUGCGGUGGUGUCGUCGCCGUCGCCGUCUGCGGUGGUGUCGCCGUCGCCGUCUGCGGUGGUGUCUCCGCCGUCGACUGCGGUGGUGUCGCCGUCGCCGUCUGCGGUGGUGUCGCCGUCGCCGUCUGCGGUGGUGUCGCCGUCGCCGUCUGCGGUGGUGUCGCCGUCGCCGUCUGCGGUGGUGUCGCCGUCGCCGUCGCCGUCUGCGGUGGUGUCGCCGUCGCCGUCUGCGGUGGUGUCGCCGUCGCCGUCUGCGGUGGUGUCGCCGUCGCCGUCUGCGGUGGUGUCGCCGUCGCCGUCUGCGGUGGUGUCGCCGUCGCCGUCUGCGGUGGUGUCGCCGUCGCCGUCUGCGGUGGUGUCGCCGUCGCCGUCUGCGGUGGUGUCGCCGUCGCCGUCUGCGGUGGUGUGCGCCGUCGCCGUCUGCGGUGGUGUCGCCGUCGCCGUCUGCGGUGGUGUCGCCGCCGCCGACUGCGGUGGUGUCGCCGCCGCCGACUGCGGUGGUGUCGCCGCCGCCGACUGCGGUGGUGUCGCCGCCGCCGACUGCGGUGGUGUCGCCGCCGCCGACUGCGGUGGUGUCGCCGCCGCCGACUGCGGUGGUGUCGCCGCCGCCGACUGCGGUGGUGUCGCCGCCGCCGACUGCGGUGGUGUCGCCGCCGCCGACUGCGGUGGUGUGGCCGCCGGUUGA